AGCUCUCAGUGUGGAAAAGUUGGAACACGCGCUACGGAGCUACCAGCACCUCUAACUAACAGGAGCUCUGAGAAUUAAACUAUUUAAACUACACAAACAUGGAUUACCGCAGCGUACAGACCUCCUCCAUCUGCUUCUAUUUAUUUAUUAACAGCGUAUUUAUUGCUAUCCACUCCAAGGAGCACAUGCUACUCGAUAUGAAGGCCUCUGGAGGAGAACUGGGUUGGUUGACCUCACCAAAUGAAGAAGGGUGGGAGAUAGUUCAGACCGUAGUGAACGGCUCCCUCCUCUACACCUACAGUGUGUGUAAUGUGGCCACUGACACCGAACAAGACAACUGGCUCCGGACCACCUUCAUACAGCGUCCUGUUGAAGCCUCACGGGUCUCAGUAGAGCUGCGAUUUGUCGUCCGUGACUGCAACACUUUCGGCGGCACCUCGCCCAGCUGCCGGGAGACAUUUGGCCUCUUCCUGUCCGAAACAGACACUGAUGUGGGCACCAGCUUCCGGAAGGGUCAGUUCAGAAAGAUUGCCACCAUGGCUCCUGACGAAGUGACAGCGAAUCGGGGUGGUGGUAAAGCAUCUGUGCGGGUAAAUGUCGAGACCCGGAGCAUCGGGCCGCUCUCCAGACGAGGCUUCUACCUGGCCUUUCAGGAUGUGGGUGCCUGUGUGGCCCUCCUGGGGGUCAGGGUGUUCUACACCACCUGCCCGGCCAUCCAGCGCAGCCUGGCCACAUUCCCUGAGAGAGUGACCGCCGGAGCCCUGGCCGAGGUGGAGGGAGCAUGUGUGAAGGACGCGGUGGUGGUGGGACAGGUGGCUCCCAGGAUGUACUGCACUGCUGAGGGCGAGUGGGUGGUGCCUGUGGGACAGUGCCACUGCAGAGCCGGCUAUCAGGCUGUGGGACAGACCUGCCGAGCUUGUGACACAGGCUACUACAAGAGUUCAGAUUCUGCCAAGCCAUGUCAGAUCUGCCCAGAAAACACCCAACACUCAGGUCCUGGAGCUGUCCUGUGUCCCUGCAUGGAGGGCUUUUACCGAGCACCCACUGACUCCAACUCUACACCCUGUACUGGUCCACCUGGUCCACCAGAAGACCUGACGUUCACUCCUCUGCUCACUGUGGGGACUUUACAACUGACCUGGAGACCUCCGAGCAACACAGGCGGCCGGAGUGAUGUCACCUACAAUGUGGGAUGUGAGCGCUGUGAUGGAGCAGUGUGUGUACCAUGUGGUAACAGGGUGCGGUUCGAGCCUUCACAGACAGCUCUGCCUGAUCCAGAGGUUACAGUCAGCGAGCUGGAGCCUCACAUUAAUUACACCUUCACUGUGGAAGCAUUCAAUGGAGUGUCACAGUUCAGUCGUCAGAGAUCCAGCGAUAGCAUUACCACUGUGCUACACUUCACAGAUCCUCCUAAAGUGAAGUUUCUCAGAGUGGUGGAUCGAACCCCUUCCAGUCUGUCACUCUCCUGGGCUGUUGAUCAUCGCACCCUUUCCCGCCAGCCUCCUCAUUUUGAGCUUAUGUACCGCAUGAAGGAGGACCAGCCAGAGCAGGACGUGACUACCUACACCGUUCUGAAGCUGGAAAAAGACUCUGUUCAGAUUAAUGACCUCUUGCCUGGCACUAAGUACGUGUUUCGUGUUCAGGCGCUCACACCAGAAGGUCAUCCCAGCAGCCACAGUGCAGAGCAUGAGUUUGAGACUCUACCCAUGGCGGAGUCACACACACAAGGCAGUUCCAGUAUUGUCAUGGGUGCUAUCGCUGGAGGCGGAGUCAUGCUGCUUAUCGUGGUGGUCAUUUUGCUCCUGCACAAAAGGAGGCUGAAUUCGCAUGUCCGGCAGAGAUCAGGAGGAAAUUACUUCGCCUGUCCAGAAAAACUGCAGCCUCUGAAGACCUACGUUGACCCACAUACCUAUGAGGACCCCUGCACGGCUAUCCUCAAGUUUGCCAGUGAAAUUCACCCCAAUUACAUCACCAAGCAGAAAGUCAUCGGAGCAGGAGAGUUCGGAGAGGUUUUCCGAGGUUUGCUGAAGUUGCCCGGGCGCAAUGAGGUUGCUGUGGCGAUAAAGACCCUGAAGCCAGGCUAUACAGAGAAACAGCGGCAGGAUUUCUUGAGCGAGGCCAGCAUCAUGGGCCAGUUCUCCCACCAGAACAUCAUACGCCUGGAGGGGGUUGUCACCAAAUUCAAACAUGCCAUGAUCAUCACAGAGUACAUGGAGAACGGGGCUCUGGAUCAGUACCUGAGGGACCAUGAUGGGGAGCUUUCAUCAUACCAGUUGGUGGGCAUGCUCAGUGGCAUAGCAGCAGGGAUGAAGUAUCUCUCAGACAUGAACUACGUGCACAGAGAUCUUGCUGCACGCAACAUUCUGGUCAACGGUAACUUGGAGUGCAAGGUGUCAGACUUUGGCCUUUCCCGUGUCCUGGAAGACUACCCUGAGGGCACCUACACCACCACUGGAGGAAAGAUUCCCAUUCGUUGGACAGCUCCAGAGGCCAUCACUUACAGAAAGUUCACCUCCGCUAGUGACGUGUGGAGUUAUGGUAUCGUCAUGUGGGAGGUGAUGGCCUUCGGAGAGAGACCCUAUUGGGACAUGAGCAAUCAUGAGGUGAUGAAGGCCAUAAAUGAAGGCUUCAGGCUGCCGGCGCCGAUGGACUGCCCAUCCGCUAUUUACCAGCUGAUGCAACAGUGUUGGGUUCAGGACCGCUCCAAACGCCCACGUUUCCUGGAUAUAGUCAAUCUGCUAGACAAGCUGCUGCGCAACCCUGAGUCCCUGACAGCCAUCGCCAAUGUUGACCUACGAGUGUCCAUUCGCCUGCCUAGCACUAGUGGAAAUGAUGGCGCCCCAUUCAGGUCUGUGGAUGAAUGGCUGGAGUCUAUGAAGAUGGGCCAGUAUAAAGAAGCUUUUGCUCAUGCUGGUAUCACAUCUAUGGAGCAGGUGCUGCACUUGAAGACUGAGGACAUCAGGAAGAUUGGGGUUCAUCUUCCAGGUCACCAGAAAAGAAUCUCCUACAGCAUUCUGGGUCUGCAAGAACCCACUGGUCCUGUGGAUGUGUUUGCAGUGUGACACCCAGUUUGAGGAGAGCUGCACUGCUAUACUAUUCUACUUUCUGAACUCUUAACAAGCACAGCCAGGCUGCGCUCAGACUACUUGAACUUAAUGGUUGAAGAACCAGACAAUACUUCUCCUUUCUGGACGACAGUUGGGACCAAUGGACUCUAAAUAAUGACUGAAAAUAGACUGAUAUUUGUACUAUUAUUUUUUCACUUGUUGUUACUUGCUGUAUGUUUUGUAAAUGUACAUACUACCAAGACAGACCCUCAUUUUUGUACUGUUUUAAAUGUUGGCCAAAUCAAAGGAUCCAGUAGUGAAGUGCUUGAGAUGGUCCAGCCCGUCCCGCCAUUUCAGCUUGACCACACAUCAAGGACGGAUCACUGCAGUACAGGCUCAUGGAAACUUAAUAGGGUGUUGCAAUACUAACGCAUUAUGUUUUUAAAGGGGGUUGAUGCCUGUUUAAAUGAUAAAUAUUGAAAUAUUAGAAUAUAUUUAGGUAUGAAAUUCAAAUUCAAAGCAAGCAUAUAUUAUGCAUUUUAAGAAUUCAAAGCAUGUUAAGAAUUUCACAGGCAUACUCUGUACCCUGAUGAGAGACAAUGUUUACAAGUCUUAUUUCAGCUCUUUUUUUGGGAUUAUUUAAUAUUUAUUGUGUGUUUUUUUUAUUUAUUGUCUGUGUUCAUAAAGAAGAAAGCUAUUGUACAUGUUUAGUAAUAUUUAGUUGUAAUAAAAUAUUUUGUAUCAUUAA